AUGUGCGGGAUUUUCGCGUAUCUCAAUUACAAAAUCGACAGAGAGAGGCGCUAUAUUUUGGAGGUCCUCUUCAAUGGCCUCCGCCGCUUGGAGUACAGAGGCUAUGAUUCCGCUGGAAUUUCGAUUGACUCGUCGUCUAAUGCAGCGGACAUUGUUUUACCUCCGCCUCUUGUUUUCCAGGUAGCUGCUACAGAUUUAAACUUGGAAGAGUCAUUUGAGAUUCAUGCUGGAAUAGCACAUACUAGGUGGGCUACGCAUGGAGAACCUGCUCCAAAGAAUACUCAUCCUCAGACAUCUGGUCCCGGAAAUGAGUUUGUGGUUGUUCAUAAUGGAAUCAUAACCAAUUAUGAGGUGCUGAAAGAGACACUAGUUCGACAUGGUUUUACCUUCGAAUCUGACACAGAUACCGAAGUCAUUCCGAAGCUUGCAAAGUUUGUCUUUGACAAUGCAAAUGAGGAAGGUGACAAGAGUGUGACAUUUAGUGAAGUUGUGCUUGAAGUAUUGAGGCAUCUUGAAGGAGCAUAUGCUCUGAUUUUUAAAAGCCAACAUUAUCCCAAUGAGCUGAUUGCUUGCAAACGUGGUAGUCCGUUGGUCCUUGGGAUAAAAGAGUUGACAGAAGAGGCCAGUCGAGCAUCUUUUAACGACGCAAACUUUCUUUCCAGCAAUGGACAACCAAAAGAACUCUUUUUGUCAAGUGACCCAAGUGCUCUGGUGGAGCACACCAAAAAGGUUUUGGUGAUAGAGGAUGGUGAAGUUGUUCACCUAAAGGAUGGAGGUGCAUCCAUUUUCAAGGUUGACCAUACUAAAGGUAAACCAAAUGGAGCUCUAACAAGACCUUCUUCUGUCCAACGUGCCCUGUCAGUUUUGGAAAUGGAAGUUGAACAAAUAAAUAAAGGAAAAUACGAGCACUACAUGCAGAAAGAAAUUCACGAGCAACCAGAAUCCCUUACAACAACAAUGAGAGGGCGGCUUAUACGUGGGGGAUCAUGUAAAGCCAAGAGUGUCCUUUUGGGAGGGUUAAAGGAUCACCUUAAAACCAUUAGGAGAAGCAGAAGGAUAGUUUUCAUUGGCUGCGGCACGAGUUAUAAUGCAGCUUUGGCCGCAAGGCCCAUAUUAGAAGAACUCUCUGGAAUCCCUGUAACAAUGGAGAUUGCUAGUGAUCUGCUAGAUAGGCAGGGGCCCAUUUACAGAGAAGAUACAACUGUUUUUGUUAGUCAAUCGGGGGAAACAGCAGAUACUUUGCAGGCACUUGAGUAUGCAUUGGAAAAUGGUGCCCUUUGUGUUGGCAUCACUAAUACUGUUGGUAGUGCAAUUGCUAGGAAUACACAUUGCGGUGUUCACAUAAAUGCUGGCUGUGAGAUAGGUGUAGCUAGUACUAAGGCGUACACUAGCCAAAUUGUCGUUAUGGCAAUGUUGGCUCUUGCAAUUGGAGACGACAAGAUUUCCAGUCAAGCAAGAAGGGAGGCAAUAAUUGAUGGGCUAUUCGAUCUACCGAGUAAUGUGAAAGAGGUUCUGAAGCUGGACGAGGAAAUGAAAGAUCUCGCAAAGUUAUUGAUUGCUGAGCAAUCACUUCUUGUUUUCGGAAGAGGAUAUAAUUAUGCAACUGCUUUGGAAGGUGCCCUGAAGGUAAAAGAAGUGGCACUCAUGCACAGUGAAGGAAUACUAGCUGGAGAGAUGAAACAUGGUCCGUUGGCUUUAGUUGACGAAAAUCUCCCGAUUCUUGUUAUUGCUACCCGUGACGCUUGUUUCAGCAAACAGCAGUCUGUGAUUCAGCAGCUUCAUGCUCGGAAAGGGAGGCUCAUAGUGAUGUGUACAAAAGGCGAUGCAUCAUCUGUUUGUGUUGGUGGGUCUUGCCGAGUAAUUGAAGUACCUCAGGUUGAGGACUGCCUACAGCCAGUUAUAAAUAUAGUUCCAUUGCAGCUUUUAGCGUAUCAUCUGACUGUUUUAAGGGGAUACAAUGUUGAUCAGCCUCGAAAUCUUGCGAAAAGUGUGACAACACAAUGAAGAAGAGAGUUGAUAUAUUGGUGCAGCUUGCGUUUCUGAACCUUGUUUAAAAAAUCCAGCUAACUAGGAACUCUUCUGGUAUUCUUUUGCCAUGUUGAUUCCACUUACCUCUCAGCCUUGCUCUGGAGAGCAAGGCAGCUAAUGCUGAGUUUAAAAACAAAUCGUGUUGUUAUUAUAUUAGCCAUCAUCUGCACAACUUGUCUCAAUAGACAGACAUCCUUUCGGCUGCUUUAAGACUUGGUUUAGUUAUUUUUUCACUAAAAGAGAAGCGAGUUAGGGUUAUGACAAAUGCCUGUCUUUCAGCUUUUGUUCCACAGGAGUAUACAUUAUUUACUAUCUGUAAAAUUAUGUGACUCUGCAAAUAUAGCAUAAUCUGGAUCUCUGAUGCGUUUUUAUCCUUCUAUAGUUGUGUAAUGGCCCUUUUUUUUUAUUUUUUUUUGGAAAUUUCAUACAUCAAUUUAUGUCAGUUUAUGUCGCUUCUCGGUUUAACUAAGGUUGUAUUUUUCUUUUAACAAAUGAAAGGGCGUUCCUA